AUGCACUUCAAACUAAUCCAUCCGGCACCGCCUGGUGAGCAAAUGCGCUCCCGCGACAGUUUCAUUUACAUGUAUCGCUUAAUGAAGCUACUUGGCUGGUUUCCACCUAAAGGCGGGAUUAAACGCUUUCUCUACCGCACUUGGACGAUGUUUACCUUUGUCUGGUUCACCUUUUACCUACCAAUGGGCUUUCUCCUGAGCUACAUAACAACAAUUAAGCAGUUCACAGCUGGCGAGUUUCUAACUUCGCUACAAGUGUGCCUCAACGCCUACGGAUCCUCAGUGAAGACCUAUGUCACCUAUACGAACUUGAAUCGACUAGUCAAGGCAAGGGACCUGCUUGAAAAACUGGACAAGCGCUGCAGUAGCACGGAAGAGCGUGGCAAAAUCAAUUCAUUGGUGGCCCGUACUAGUCAAAUAUUUCUCAUCUAUACUUUUGUAUACUGUUUUUUUGUGAUUUCAACAUUUUCCAGCAAUACAGCUAUCGGUCGCUUGCCCUGGCAGCUUUAUAAUCCAUUCGUCGAUCCGAAGGAGAGCACUCUACACUUUUGGAUUGCAUCAAUAAUCGAAUGUAUAAUUAUGUGGGGCGCUGUAAUGCAAGACCAAACAGCCGAUAUAUAUCCGUUACUCUAUAGCUACGUAAUUCGCGACCAUGUGCGAAUGCUUACGGAACGCAUAAGCAACCUACGUACCAACCCGAAGUUGAAUGAGGAUGAGUACUAUGAGGAGCUAAUUCAAUGUAUCAUAGAUCACAGGACGAUUUUGCAGUAUUGCGACUUUCUUCGUCCCGUAAUAUCGGGUUCAGUUUUCACACAGUUUCUACUCAUUGGUCUGGUAUUGGGUCUCACCUUAAUCAAUGUAUUCUUUUUCUCGAGCUUAUGGACAGGCAUUGCCUCCGCCGGGUUUGUCGUUUGUAUACUGAUGCAAACAUUUCCUCUCUGCUAUACCUGCAACACACUAAUGGACGACUGCGAUGCGCUGACUUACGCCAUUUUCCAAUCCAAUUGGAAAGAUGCUCGGCGUAGCUAUAAGUCGACGCUGUUGUAUUUCAUGCACAACGCGCAGCAACCCAUCACUUUUAUAGCUGGUGGAAUAUUUCCGAUAACCAUAAACAGCAAUAUAACUGUGGCCAAGAUAUCAUUUUCUGUCAUAACAGUUUUCAAACAAAUGAAUAUUGCUGAACAAUUCAAAUCUGGAUAA